AUGAGAUUUACACUAAUUGUCCUUGGAUUGCUUCUGGUUACUUGCAAAAUUGAUCAAGCUCAUUCUCAUAUUGCUGCGUUCAGCGAAGAUGACGAUUUCUUAAGGAAGUUGGUAGAAGCAGCUGCAAAAGGUAGCAAAGAAAUCGUGGAUGAUUCAAUUAAGGCGGAAAUCAAUCACAUCAGGAAAAUAAGGGCUACAAGUAACACAGUUAAAGCAUGGCUCGAUAGCGAUUUAAAUUCGUGUUCUCUGCCAAGCAGCAAGAUUGGAAUAUUUUGCAAUAUCAGUUAUAACAGUCCAACGAUGCUGGUUAGGAGACUGACUAAAGUACUAGAAUUUGUCAUAGAUCGCUUCUCCAACAUACAAUCGCAAUUUGGAAGUAAUUGCGCCAAUAUCGUCAAAGAAAUAAUGUGUAAAGGAUUUAUACCACAGUGUUCUGUUAACGGGAGCACUGCCACGUACGGUACUUUUGCUAGUUCAUGUGCUGGCAUGACAGCGUGCUCAUCUAAUCUCAUUAAUAUUGAAGGCCAGACUGGGCCACAGAUAUGUGCUAGAGCAGGAACAAAAAUCCAGUUAACACAAUGUCAAAAGUACUCUCCAGGAACGAUUAAUUCACAAAUUUGUGGUAGUUUACCAACGAAUAUCGUAUUUCCAGGUUAUUUGACUACAGAUAUACAGCGAAAAACUCUUUCUAUUGCUGCGUCAAAAACACAAUUGGAAAAAGCUAACGUAAAAAAAAGUUGCGUAGAUAGGUGGAUGAAACUUUUGUGUGUUAAUACUCCAUUUUGCAGUAGCGACCGAAAGAAACUUUAUAGUGCUGUAACGCGACAACAAUGCCAAGCAGCUUUCAACUGCUUGCCAAGUAGUUUUCAAGGAUCGAGUCUCCUUGACUGUACUGUUUAUCCUGAUCAAACUUCGGCAAGUGUAACCUUACCCCCAGAUCAAGCAUAUAGUGGUGGUGGUACUGCGACGGUUUAA